AUGGACCUUGUAGCGAACGCGUGCAGUGAAGAACGCAGGAUGUGGCGAAUGAUAGUACUUGCAUGUCUCGUCUCCAACGUGGACUGUCUGUCCUUGUCAGAGGAGGCGCAUACCAGGUCAUCCUUCGUGGAGGGGGUGCCAGCAUUUGGUGGUUACCUGUACUCUUUCCUUGAUAUGCUGUACCCCUUGCCCACGCCAUCACACAGCCACGGAGAGGUCUCCUCGGAUCAAAAAAAACUUCUUGAGGAACUCUCAGAUCCCGCAACGACAUAUGCGGUGUGGCAGGCUGCUAUGGAGGUGGCUCAAGAUCUCUCCGACGACGCCUCCAGAAUCGAUUCUCGCGAGCUUCUUCCCGAUGCCAUCAUGUUUCUUGUGAGCAACAUUAAGGAUACGCUUGCGCCUGAGGAAAGAAGCAGCGAUAAACCUGCAUAUGGCGAUAAGCAGAUGGCGGACCUGCUCGCGACUGACACACCCGCCGGUGACUGGCAAGCUCUGGCCGAUCACGGAGCGAUGAUGUGGAGACGCAAGAAUAAUCAAGUGGCUGGGCGCGCUGCAGCCCUGUUAGAUGACAUUGCGGGUUUGUGA